AUAAGAUCGUAGCCGGUUCACAUGCGUGCAGUUUUGAACACCGGUGCUCUCAGAAUGGAACCAAAAAUUCAAUUGUGUAUACGAAACUUCCCCGAAAAUUUCAGUGAAAGUGAUAUCAGUGAGUUUUUAAACUAUUUUGGAAUAGUACGUCAUCGAUUUAUUCGCCGCCGAAACAAGCUGCAGGUUGUAACGGAAGCACAGGAUGAAGUUUUGGGUAGAACUAUGUUGAAUCGUUUACAUCAGUUGAAAAUCUUGGAUCGCCGGCUGACCGUCGAGUACUAUCGAGAACCUAAUGUGGAAAUCACCGAGCUUCCUCCAGUUCAAACAACGGACCUACAACAACAAACUCAGGAACUGAGUGGCUUCGUUGAGGCUUUACAUGCUGUUCAUCCAGUUGAUUUUACUCAGCCACCGCCCCCUUAUUUAAAAUAUCGAUAUCCACGACCUACGAGAGAAAUUAUUGACAGUAUAUGCGUAGCUCUGGAAUCGGUGCCUAAAUUCUACACUCAAGUAUUACAUCUCAUGAAUCGAAUGAACCUUCCGCCACCAUUUAAUCCUCAGGAUAUCUCAGAUGUAAGGCAAAGCAAAAGCUCUAUCACGAAACAAGACGCUAGCCAACAGACCGAUGAAACGAUGUUUCUGUCUGACGAAGAAUCGGAACUAGAAUCUGAUACAGAACUGUCACAGUUAAAAACCAAAAUCAUUCAAAAAACAAAAAACCGAUUCACGCCUUAUCUCCAAGCUGGAAAGGUCCCAAAAGUUCUUAAUAAUAAGAAACCACCCGAAAAACUUCCUCAACCAACGGCCAAUAAACCAAACCUUAAACAGAUCAAAAUUUCUAUCUCGGAAAUGCGACGGCAACCAAUUGAAAAAACAACCGUGAUCGAAAAAGCUGUCGAAAUUCUAGAACCUGUGAAACAACCAAUUAACGAUUCUUCUGUUAUAACUGAGAAACAACUCCUCGAGAAUCGCAUCCCAUCUGAUCAGCUGUCCGAAUUGCCUGUGUUUAAAAACUACACCCCCGGAGAACCGUCCAACCGGCUCUACAUUAAAAAUCUCGCCAAAUCAACCACCGAAGAAGAUCUGCGUAACAUUUUCCAUAGCUUUGCCAUAACAUCGAACCCGGAUCAAGAGAUAACCAUCAAACUUAUGCAGACGGGUCGCAUGAAGGGUCAAGCCUUUAUCGGCUUCUCAUACCACUACGAGGAAGACCUUGAUCUGUUGCCGGAGAAACCCAUCGAAAAGGCUCGUCGCCUCACCAACGGAUACAUUCUACGCAACAAACCGAUGGUGGUAGUCUACGGCAAAGCAGUGGCAGACACGUCUGAACAAAUUGCGCACCAAUCAAAAUAACACGU